UUUUUUUUCUCCUUGCGAAUUUUAUACUGAAAUUAUUAAAUCUGAUUCGCCAUGAAUGUCAUCUGCAUCCAAUCCGUGAAGGUUUAGAUCAUCAUCAUCGGCUGAUUUGCAUUCAUUGCCGCCUGAUUGGCCUCGUGAUUCGUGAAGAUUAAGUACGAUUUUCUUUUCUAGCUCUUGUUGUGCGACUGAUCGAUACGGAGAGGCAUUGUUUUUAGUUGUUUGAGUGAUUUGUUGGUAAUUGUUAGGCGAUGUCUGGACCACUUGAUCGAUUUGCGAGGCCUUGUUUUGAGGGGUCGUCAGGUAAUGAUGAAAGAUCAGACAGAAGAGAACGAAGGUCUGAUUUUGAAAACUCAGAGGAUGAGAGGAGGACAAGAAUAAGUUCGUUGAAAAAGAAAGCACUUAAUGCAUCUAGCAAGUUCAAACAUUCACUCAAGAAAAAGAGCAGUAGGAGAAAGAGCGAUGGUCGAGUCAGUUCUGUUUCUAUCGAGGAUAUUCGAGAUGCUGAGGAACUACGGGCUGUUGAUGCAUUUCGCCAAGCACUAGUUUUGGAUGAAUUGCUACCAGAAAAGCUUGAUGAUUAUCAUAUGAUGUUGAGGUUUCUGAAAGCAAGGAAACUUGAUAUCGAGAAAGCAAAGCAUAUGUGGGCUGAUAUGAUCCAUUGGAGAAAGGAAUUCGGUGCUGACGCAAUCAUUGAGGAAUUUGAAUUUAAAGAGUUGGAAGAUGUUUUGAAGUAUUACCCCCAUGGUAAUCAUGGAGUAGACAAAGAGGGAAGGCCUAUCUACAUUGAAAGAUUAGGGAAAGUUGAUCCUAACAAACUCAUGCAAGUUACAACCAUGGAUCGUUACAUAAAGUAUCAUGUGCGCGAGUUUGAAAAAAGCUUUGCUUACAAGUUUCCUGCUUGUUCAAUCGCUGCAAAAAAGCACAUAGACUCAAGCACAACCAUUUUGGAUGUUCAAGGCGUGGGAUUGAAAAACUUCACCAAGAGUGCUCGGGAGCUCAUCAUGCGGCUCCAGAAAAUUGAUGGCGAUAAUUACCCUGAAACACUGCAUCAAAUGUUUAUUAUCAAUGCGGGUCCUGGUUUUAGAUUGCUUUGGAAUACUGUAAAGUCAUUUCUGGAUCCGAAAACAACUUCAAAGAUUCAUGUUCUUGGAAACAAGUACCAGAAUAAAUUGCUUGAGAUUAUUGAUACCAGUGAAUUGCCAGAAUUCCUGGGUGGCACCUGUACCUGUGCAGAUGUUGGGGGUUGUCUUCUGUCUGACAAAGGGCCAUGGAAAAAUCCUGAAAUAUUGAAGUUGGCUCUUAAUAGUGAAGCACGACGUGCCAGACAGGUGGUUAAAGUUCUAAAUAGUGAGGGAAAAAUUGUUGCAUAUGCUAAGCCUCAGUUACCCAUGCUAAGAAGCAGUGAUACAUCCACUGCCGAGUCAGGUUCAGAAGCAGAAGAUAUUGCUUCCCCAAAAGCAAUAAUGAAUUAUUCCCAUCUUAGGUUGACUCCAGUUCGUGAAGAAGCUAAGGUAACUGGAGCUACAAGUUAUGUUGGCCAGUUUUCUGGAUAUGACGAGUAUGUUCCCAUGGUUGACAAGGCUGUUGAUUCUGUAUUGAAGAAGCAAGCUUCAAUGCCAAAGCCUUCUAUUCCAAGAGGGAUACCUCUCGAAUCUGCUGCUCAGAAGGCACCAGAAAGACUAUAUGCUAGAGUCUUCGUGUUUCUUAUGGCCUUCUUUGUUACCAUGUUCACACUCUUCCAUUCGGUGGUGAAUCGUGUGACUAAAAAGCUUCCUUACAUCUCAUCUGAGGAUGCCCAAAACACUCCAAACUUGUCCUUAGAUACGUCAACCAGACAAGAACUCCACCCUCUGUCCCCAACUCCUUCGUUUGUGGAGGCAGAACUUGUUUCUUCUGUUUUAAAAAGACUAGGUGAACUUGAAGAUAAGGUUGGCACACUCAAAGCAAAGCCAUCUGAGAUGCCUUAUGAGAAAGAGGAAUUGCUAAAUGCUGCUGUUUGCCGUGUCGAUGCCUUGGAAGCAGAACUCAUUGCUACCAAAAAGGCACUUCAUGAAGCUUUGAUGAGGCAAGAAGAGUUGCUUGCUUAUAUCGACAGCCAAGAGGAGAAAAAAUUCAAGAAGAAGAAGAAAUUUUGCUGGUGAAAGAAAAGAUGUUUAACACUAUACACAGGAUAAGUCCAGCUGUUUUUCAUUACUAGUGUAUUUGUUACUACUACAUGCGUGUGUGUGUGUGUGUGUGUGUGAGGUUUAUUCGUUUGAGACGAUAUGAAAAUUUUACGUGAUUUGUUUGUUUGAAUGAUUUCCGAGCAUUGUCAUGUUUACGCUACAUGCUCUCUCUCUCUCACUCAACUGCAUCAACCUCCUGAAAUUUGGCCUCAUCUUGGAAUUUCU